AUUAAUGAUGACGCACAGUGUACGGUAGAAGAGGGAUGUCUUCAACAGCAUGACAUCGGACGUUGGAUUUGCUCUUUGAUGAAUAUAACGGGCUUAAAUGGAUCAGUAGGUUGGUCUUGAAAGUUGUGUUUUUGUAAGUUGCAUUAAUUUUGUCACGACACAUGAUUGUCGAUAAGCAGUCGAUGUUUAACUUAGCAACGGUAAAAACCGUCUAAUAUUUAAACGUUGCUUAGGCAGAAGUCUUUGAACUUAAUCACUGCCCGUUCAACUAUCUUCCUAUUACGUCUUGGAUUCCUCAGAAGCAGUAAAUUUAAUAGUUACUUUAAUUUCAUAAUAUUAGCCUGAUACUUUAAACAGACUGUUUAUUAGUAAUUGAGCCUCAUACUAAGGUUAAUGAGUAUAAUUCAAGGAGGAGAAUCAAUACCAUAAAUAACAAUGGAAGGCUAGCAAAUCCCAAAUUGUUCUAUUUUCAUUGAUGAUAGGCCUAAAUGAUGUAAAGCGCAGGCUUUAGUACUCUAUAAAUAAACCGUAUCCGUUUCACUAUUUUUUGUGUAUAUUUUUCAGAUGUUACACGAUCAAUAACCUACAAUGACGAGCGGUGAACGAGGUGAAAGCGUUACGUCCGUCGAAAAAUCCCAACCGGAAGUGGGGCGAAAGCUAACUCCCUACGAAAAGGUUACAAAGGAUUUAUCGAAUGAUCCUAAUGCUAUGAAAGAAAUUACUUUGGGUAAACGUAUAGGAUUUUACAAAAUAAGGAGUGAAUUAGGUAGUGGAAAUUUCUCUCAGGUGAAAAUGGGCGUUCAUACCUUAACUAAAGGUAAUUCUCAUUUAAACAAUUCACAAUCAUAGUUUUCUUGAAAAUGUAUAUAUUUUUACUAUAAGAAUUAUAUGAAAAUUUGUAAAAAAUAGCGAACAGAAAAUCAUUGCUGUCCGUAUCUAUAUAACAGAGAAAUUGCUUAGCGACUCGGAGAUUUGAAACAAUAGCUUUAUAUCUAAUUUAUUACGGCAACUUGAAAGCAUAUUCGUAUGAAAAGUAGUUAAAAAUUUACAAUCUUUAUUAUUUAAAAAUAUGUGAUAACAAAUAUAUAGAAUAAGUACGUAUAAGGCUUUUAUUAGGUCCUUUUAGUUAUUAACUCAAUUAUGAAUAAUAUACAACUGGCUGCUAAUAAUCUUUUUAAAUAUCAAUCUAAUGUAUUUGUACAUGUAUACGUAUAUACAUAUUCGCUACAUUGUAUACAAUUCAUAAAUUAUACUAGAACAUCUCGUUAAAUGUUAAUAU